GCACAAGGGCGCGAACAGGAAAGGGAGGCAGGCUUCUGCAGGGACCCAAGCGCGUCCGCAGGCAGAGAAGUGGUGGAAGGAAUAUCACGUCUGGAAGAACCAAAGAUCUACCAUUUUCAUUAAUAACUUCCGCUAGAGGUGCCAACGUAAAGGGCAUUUGCAGUAUUUAAUAUUUUGCAGUUCAGGUUGGAGGCCCAGGCAACAGCAAGAAUGGGUUUAGAAGGACACAUGAUGUUGUUAGAGGAAAUGGCACAGUUCAUUUUGGAUGCAAUACCAAAAGCUGAAUAUUCCAGCUUAUUCAAUGACUUCGUUGAAUCUGAAUUUUUUCUGGUUGAUGGAGAUUCCUUACUGAUCACACUCAUAUGUGAGAAGUCAUUUAAGUGGGGGCAGGAGCUCCACUUCUUCUACUUGGUUGAGCAUUAUCUGCUGGAUCUCGUCAGUAAAGGAGGGCAGUUUGCUGUAGUUUUCUUCAAGGAUGCUGAGUACGCCUACUUCAACUUCCCUGAACUUCUUCCUUUGAGGACUGCGCUAAUGCUUCAUCUUCAGCAUAAUACCACCAUUGAUGUCCAAACAAAAUUUUCUGGAUGUUUAUCACAAGAGUGGAAAUUUUUCUUGGAAGAGAGUUACCCAUAUUUCCUGAUAGUUGCAGAUGAAGGGCUGAACCAUCUACAAACACACCUGUUCAACUUUUUAAUCAUUCAGUCGUGGUCAAUGAAGGUCAAUGCUGUGCUUUCCACAGGGCAAGCAUCCAGCAUUCUUAGACUUCAUGGGUACCUUAUGUCAAGCCUGUACAAAAACCAGAGCUUUUUUGAGCAGAAUAAAAUGAAGAUUGAGAAUGCUUAUAAAGCCCUGAUUAAACACUUGGAAGAAUGUAGAGUUCUAGCAUUAGAAUCUCUUUUUGGAAAUUUAAAAUGGAAAAAUAUGAUGGAAGAGGCAUGUGAAACUAUUUCUCUGCUUAAGCAACUCUGGCCGGAAGGAUCUGACAUUCGACGUGUUCUUUGUGUUACUUCAUGUUCAUUGUCUUUGAGAAUGUAUCAUCACUUUUUAGAAAACAGGAAGAUGACUACUUCUGAUGACAAAAUAAAAACCCAGCAGGUGCAAAGUAAUUGCCAAACCCUGCAAGAGGUGGAGGAUUUAUGUAGACUGCGUUGUCUCAGUGUGGUGUUUCUACUUCAAAUACCACUUUCUCAAAGAGCUUGUGCAAGAGUCAUCACUUCCCAUUGGACUAAAAACAUUAAGACUUUCUUAAACAUGAAAAAGUGGUGUGACUAUUUCAUCCUAAGCAAUAUAAACAUUUUUGAAUUUUGGAAUCUGAAUUUAACUCACCUUUCUGAUUUAAGUGAUGAGCUUUUGUUGAAGAACAUUGCUUUUUACUAUGAAAAUGAAAAUGUUCAAGGUUUACAUUUGAACUUGGGAAAUGACAUUAUGAAGGAUUAUGAACAUCUCUGGAAUACUGUGUCCAAGUUGGUCAGAAAGUUUGAUGUUGGAAAGCCAUUUCCUCUGAGAACAACAAAACUUCCUUUCCUUAAAAAGAAUCCAUCACCAAUCAAAGACACCCCCAAGGAAAAGAUACCUAAUUUGGGUUUUAUUCCAGUGUCGUGUAAGGUGGUUGAUAAGUUUGUUGGAGACCUUUUCAAAGAUUUGCCUUUCUUAAAGAGUGAUGAUCCUGUGGUAACUUCACUGGUUAAACAAAAGGAAUUUGAUGAGCUUCUGCACUGGCAUUCUCACAGACUCCUUAGUGAUGACUAUGACAGGACAAAGUGCCAAUUUGAUGAAAAAUCUAGAGAUCCACAUUUUCUUAGAUCUCUGCAAAAAUAUCAUGUUUUUCAACGGUUUUAUGGGAAUUCAUUAGAAUCAGUCUCUUCAAAAGUUGUUGUAUCCCAAGCUGUCAAGCCAAAGAAAAAUUUCAUUGAACCGAAGAGCAAAAAGGCACAUGAGACCAAGGCUGAAAUAAUUACUAGAGAGAAUAAGAAGAGGUUAUUUGCUAAGGAAGAACAGAAAGAAGAGAAAAAAUGGAAUGCUCUGUCACUUUCUAUUGAGGAGGAAAUGAAAGCAAAUUUAAACUCUGGAAUAAAGAAACUGGAAGAUUUUUUGAAAUCAUGUAAAAGUAACUCAGUGAAAUUUCAGGCUGAAAUGGUGGGGUUAACUGCCUGCCUGAAAGCGUGGAAGGAACAUUGCCAAGAACAAGGUGAAACCAUAAAAGAUUUAAAUAUAGCUGUUCAAAUGAUGAAAAGGAUCCACUCCUUGAUGGAAAAAUACCCAGAACUAAUAAAAGAGGCCGAUCAGAAUUUCAUAGCCAGAUGCCUUAAGUAUUUAGGAUUUGAUGAGUUGGCAAGCUCUUUAUAUCCAACCCAGACUGCAGGAGAUCACAUAAAGAAGAAAAAGAAUAAAUAUUCAAUCGGCAUUGGGCCAGUUCGGUUUCAACUGCAACACAUGGGCCAUUAUUUGAUACGAAAUGAGAGAAAAGACCCAGAUCACCGAGUUCAGGAUUUUAUUCCUGACACUUGGCAGCGGGAGCUCCUGGAUGUUGUGGAUAAUAACGAGUCAGCGGUGAUUGUCGCUCCCACGUCCUCGGGCAAAACCUAUGCUUCGUACUACUGCAUGGAGAGGGUGCUGAAGGAAAGCGAUCAAGGGGUGGUCGUGUACGUCGCACCAACAAAGGCCCUUGUUAAUCAAGUGGCAGCAACUGUUCACAGUCGUUUUACCAAAAGGCUACCAGGUGGUGAAGCGCUAUGUGGUGUUUUUACGAGAGAUUAUCGUCAUGAGGCCCUAAACUCUCAGGUCCUUAUUACAGUCCCUGCCUGCUUUGAAAUUCUGCUGUUAUCUCCUCAUCGCCAAGCAUGGGCGAAAAGGAUCAGAUAUGUUAUAUUCGAUGAGGUCCAUUGUCUUGGUGGAGAAAUUGGAGCAGAAAUUUGGGAGCAUCUCCUUGUCAUGAUCCGAUGUCCCUUCUUGGCUCUUUCAGCUACAAUAAGUAACCCUGAACAUCUCACCGAGUGGCUCCAAUCAGUAAAACAUUACUGGAAACAAGCAGACAAUAUAAUGGGAAAAAAUGUUGCUUCUAAAAGAAAUGCCUAUUCUCACAAGGACUACUUGCAAAUAAAGCAAUCAUACAGAGUUAGACUUGUGCUCUAUGGAGAGAGAUACAAUGAUUUAGAGAAGCAUGUAUGUUCAAUAGAACAUGACGACAUUACUUUCGAUCAUUUUCACCCAUGUUCUGCACUGACAGCAGAUCAUAUUGAAAAGUAUGGAUUCCCUUCUGACCUUGCCCUUUCACCUCGGGAAACCAUCCAGCUUUAUGACACCAUGGCUCGCUCCUGGAAGAGCUGGCCCAGGGCCCAGGAAUUCUGUCCAGAAGAAUUCAUUCAUUUUAAGAAUAAAAUUGUCAUUAAAAAGUUGGAUGCCAGAAAAUAUGAAGAGAGCUUAAAGGAAGAAUUAACAGAUUGGAUUAAAAAUGGCAAUGCUGAUAAGGCCAAAAUAGUUCUGAGGAAUCUUAGACCUGAUUCAGUUUGCAGCUCAGGAAACAUGGUACAUAUGUUUCCACUUCUUGUUGAAAAGCUAAGGAAAAUGGAGAAGUUACCUGCACUAUUUUUUUUAUUCAAUGUAGGAGAUGUAGAACAAAGGGCUAAAAGUGUGGACACUUCCCUAGAGAAAAAGCAAGAGAGAAAACGGCCUCCCAAAGCUGAAAAAGAAGCCCAUGUCAUGGCUAAUAAACUUCGAAAAGUUAAAAAAUCCAUCGAGAAACAAAAGACAUUAGAUGAAAAAAGCAAGAAAAAGCCCAGAAAUAUGGAUCAAAGCCUGAUACAUGAAGCUGAACAUGGUUAUCUGCUUAAGAUUCUAGAGAAGAAUCUGGAAAUCCCUGAGGACUGCACAUAUGCUGAUCACAAAGUGAUCGACAUUGAGACUUUACACACGGUGUUCGAUCGAGUAAAAUACACAAGAAAAGGUGAAGAACUGAAGGCUUUGGCAAGAAGGGGUAUUGGAUAUCACCAUGCAUCUAUGAACUUCAAAGAAAAACAGUUAGUUGAGAUUCUUUUCAGGAAAGGAUUUAUUAGGGUGGUGACAGCUACCGGGACACUUGCUUUGGGAAUCAACAUGCCUUGUAAAUCUGUGGUUUUUGCUCAAAACUCAAUCUACCUGGAUGCUUUAAAUUAUAGACAGAUGUCUGGACGUGCUGGAAGACGAGGUCAAGACCUGCUAGGAGAUGUAUAUUUCUUUGAUAUUCCGUUGCCCAAAAUAGAAAAACUCAUAAAAUCCAAGGUUCCUGAACUGAGAGGGCAGUUCCCUCUUGGCCUAUCUCUGGUCCUGCGACUCAUGCUGCUGGCUUCCAAGGGAGAUGACCCAGAGGAUGCGAAUGCAAAGGUGCUGUCAGUGCUAAAGCAUUCAUUGCUGACCUUCAAACAACCCAGAGUCAUGGAGAUGUUGAAACUUUACUUCUUGUUUGCUUUGCAGUUCCUGGUGAAGGAGGGCUAUUUAGAUCAAGAAGGUAACCUGAUGGGAUUUGCUGGACUAGUAUCACAUUUGCAUUACCAUGAGCCUUCUAAUUUUGUUUUUGUCAGUUUUCUUGUAAAAGGCCUUUUCCAUGAUCUCUGUCAGCCAACUAGGAAAGGCUCAAAGCGUUUUUCUCAAGAUGUCAUGGAAAAGUUAGUGUUAGUGUUGGCAAAUCUGUUUGGAAGAUGCUAUCUUCCAGCCAAGUUUCUGGAAACUUCUCACACGUUUCAUCAAUCAAAGGUGUUCCUUGAAGAUCUCCCUGAGGAUUUUAAUGCUGCCUUAAAUGAGUAUAACAUGAAAGUUACUGAAGACUUUGCCUCCUUCCUCUUAAUUGUUUCCAGAUUUGCUGAUAUGAAACAGGAAUAUGAACUGCCACUGUCAAAAUUAAAUUUUGCAGGUAAAGAAUGUGAAGACUCCCAACUUGUGUCUCACCUGAUGAACUGCAAGGAAGGAAGAGUAGCCAUUUCUCCAUUUGUUUGUCUCUCUGGGAACUCGGAUAGGGAUUUGCUUCAAAUAGAUACUCCAAACCAUGUCAUUCUGCGCACGAUUGGUAUCAGUCCAGGUCAGGCUCCUGUGCUGUGCUCCCAGAGAUUUGAUAGCCAAGGUAGAAGAAUGCCACUUAAUGCUUAUGCACUUGAUUUCUACAAACAUGGUUCCUUGGUGGGAUUAGUCCAGGACAACAGGAUGAAUGAAGGUGCUGCCUAUUACCUGUUGAAAGAUUUUGCACUCACCAUUAAAGCUAUCAGUGUUUCCUUGCAUGAACUAUGUGAAAAUGAAGAUGACAACGUGGUCUUAGCAUUUGAGCAACUGAGUGAAACCUUUUGGGAAAAGCUUAAAAACGUCUGAAAAUAAGGUUUAUCCAAACCACUUAAAAAUUGCCAUGGGCAUUUUUCAAGUCAAAUUUUGUGAUUCUCAUAUUCUUUGUCAGAGAUACACAUAUGCGAAGUGGAAAGAGCAAAUACUUGGGAGUCAGUCAUGAUCAAACCUGCCGUGUUCUCUCUUGAGUGCCCUUGGAAGAAUUAUGUAAUAUCUCUGAAUCUUGGUUUCUUUGUAUAGUUGAAUAAUAAUAAAUAGAAUAAAUAAAUGCAAGGAUUUCAAAUGUGACUGAAGAAUAGUUUUUUACUCUGAAUUCGAAACAUAUUACAGUCUCAAUAGUUUUCUCUUCAAUGUCAUAAUUUGUAAAAACUCCAUUAAGGAUAGAAUAAAUGACUGAAGUCUGCUGAAGUUGAAAUAUAUUGUCCUCUAUUUGACUUAAAUGUGAUUAUAUGACUAUUAAAACAGUGCCUUCUAGUAAACUUAAACCACUUUUUAAAAACAUAAAUAGGAGUUUGGUAUAAAUUUUGUGGUGCUUUAGAAUAGCUGGUGAUUUGGCUUGAUUUUGGUUGUAUGCAAGUGACUGGAAAACACAAAGAAAUAAAAUGU